CAAUCUCUCUCUCUCUCUCUCUCUCUUUCUGCUAUUUAUAAAUUCAACCUCCUCUUCUCAUGUCUCUCUGAAACGAGAUUUCUCAUAUUGCUAUCUAUUCUCUCCCCCUCUCUCUUCUCUGUAUAUGUAUAUGUAUAUGUAUAUUUAUAUUUAUAUAUCCGCGGAGGUUAGGGUUUUGUUUUCUCACACUACAAACGAGAACACAAACAGCUUCCCAGGUGAUAUUUAUCGAACCAUCGAUUUCAAUGUGUGGAGGCACAGUUUGUGUGUAAAUUAAGUGUUUUAUGAUCCCGAAUUAUUUAUAAGUUUCAUGUUUAGAAAUGGUGGGGUUUUGCGAAUUGGAGAGAGUGAAUUAGGUUUUUUUGGUGGUACUGUAUGGUGUGGUGGUGCGAAGGCCAUUUUUAUUUUUAUUUUUUGCUGGGGUUAGUGGGUGAUGAUGACAGAUGUUCAGCAACAACUUCAACAAAAGCCUGAACCUGAGAGCACCAUCGAUGGUGCCCAGGCUCGGGCUGAAUUUGACAGGGGGUUGGAGGAAUUAAUGCGUGGACAUUUGGACGAAUGUAUGUCAUUUGCAUCGUGUAGUUCUAAUCGUAAUACCGAGGAUGAGGAUGAUGAGGGUGAUCAGCUUGUGAGGAGAAGGAGAAGGUCGGAUCUUGAGGGGGAUGAUCUGGCUGAGUCUUCUGCUGCCAGAAGGCGCCACUCGCGGAUACUGAGUAGGUGGGCUGCCCGGCAGGCGCAGGAGAUGAUUACCACAAUUGAGAGGACAAAUCGUGAGACGGAAUUGAUGGCGCUUGCAGGUUUGCAUACAGUUUCCAUGCUUGAUUCUUCGUUCUUGAGGGAGUCACCAUCUCCAACUUCAAGGCGGCAGGGUAAUGUUGAGAGGCCCAGCACCAGGGCAUCGUCUAUUCUGCAAAUGUGGCGGGAGUUGGAGGAUGAGCACAUGUUGAAUCAUGCUCGGGAGAGGGUGAGGGAACAACUGAGACAUCAAAGAAAUUUAGACUCUAAUACAGACAGAUCAAGUACAAAUAUGUCUGAAAGCCAAGGGAGUGAUAAUCAGGGUAUUUUGGAGGAUGCUAGUGAGAGUGAGAAUGAUUAUGGAACUUGGUCUCAAGAUCAGAUGGGACCACAGAAUGAACAUGGGGACCGCAAUAGUUCUAGUCGUGAGCAAUCUCCUGAUCUUGGUGAAGUUGAGCGGGAGAGGGUCAGUCAAAUUGUUCGGGGAUGGAUGGAGACUGGAAUCAGUGAUCAUUCAUCUAAUGUUCCCCAGAGGAGUGGUAGUCCGAGGUCAGAAUGGCUUGGCGAAACUGAGCGUGAAAGGGUGAGGAUUGUGAGGGCGUGGAUGCAAACGACAAGUCAACAGAGAGGAGCUCGUAGUGGUAGAAGGGAAGAACAAAUUGCCGGACUUGGUGCCCAAGCUGGACGAGUUCGUGAAGGUUUGGUUGUUGACCAUGAUGCAGGUCAGCCAGAACAUAGUCGCAGGGACAGGCUGAGGUUGCGGGGAAGACAAGCUCUGCUUGAUUUGCUUUUGAGGAUUGAGAGGGAGAGACAGGGGGAGCUUCAGAGUUUGUUGGAACAUCGGGCUGUUUCUGACUUUGCCCAUCGCAACCGCAUUCAGUCAUUACUCAGAGGCAGAUUCUUGCGAAACGAAAGGCCUGUUGAGGAUGAGCGACCACCUUCUAUGGCAGCGGGUGAAUUAGUUCAUUUAAGACAACGACACACUGUCUCCGGGCUGAGGGAAGGGUUCCGCUCCAGAUUAGAAAACAUCGUUCGUGGUCAAGAGGUUCAACAUGAAAGCUAUGAGCAGUCACAACCUAGGCGUCAGGAAAGUGACACUCAUCAGAUGUCAGCUAGUAUAGGAAAUUUAGAAAACAGCGUUGUUGUUCAAGGUAUAGCUCGACAAGCAACUGCUAAUGAAGGAGGAGAUUGGCAGGAACAAGAUAUCGAGGGUGAGAGAGGAAACUUGCAUCUCUCGACUUACAGCGAACUCAAUGAAUCGAGAGAUGGGACUGCAGAGGAUAUAAAUGGAAAUUGGCAGGAAAAUUCAGUCAAUGAUUGGCCCCAGGCAACUCCAGGAACUGAUGAAGGAGGAAGUCAUCUGCAAGAAACCCAUGGUGCUUGGCAUGAGGAUGGCUCUCGUGAAGCUGUGGACAAUUGGUCAGAAGGGCCUUCUGAUCCCCCGAGAAUGCAUCGUUCUAUUCCAGUAAGAAGAGUCAAUAGAUUCCAUCCCCCUGAUGAUGAUAAUGUGUACAGUAUGGAACUCAGGGAACUCCUAAGCAGGAGGAGUGUUUCUAAUCUUCUUCGCAGUGGUUUCCGUGAGAGUCUGGACCAGUUAAUUCAGUCAUAUGUAGACAGGCAAGGUCGUGCUCCAAUUGAUUGGGAUCUGCCUGGAAACUUGUCCACUCCUGCUUCACCAGAGCGGGAUCAGGAGCAGCUGAGAGAUGGUCAGAGUGAAGAUCAGCAUGAUGCGACUGGCGGACCUUCACUGGUACUACCAUCUCCUCCAUUGCCGCCACCACAACCACCACUUUGGCACCAGGAUUUGCAUCAUUCUAGUUGGCCUCGUCGCAUGCUGCAUCGUUCUGAACUUGAGUGGGAGAUGAUCAAUGAUCUCAGAGCAGACGUGGCAAAGCUUCAGCAAGGUAUGAACCACAUGCAGAGGAUGUUGGAGGCCUGCAUGGACAUGCAACUGGAGUUGCAACGAUCAGUCAGGCAGGAAGUCUCUGCUGCUCUGAAUCGAUCAGCUGGUGAACAAGGCUUGGCUGAGACCUCAGAAGAAGGAUCUAAAUGGGGUCAUGUCAGGAAAGGAACUUGCUGUGUUUGUUGUGAUAGCCACAUUGAUUCUCUAUUGUACAGAUGUGGGCACAUGUGCACUUGUUCCAAAUGUGCAAAUGAGCUGGUUCGCGGUGGAGGGAAGUGUCCUUUGUGCCGGGCACCAAUUGUUGAGGUGAUACGAGCUUACUCAAUACUGUAA